AAGAAAGACUGAGACUGUCUCAGGAAAAAAAAAAAAAAAAGGAAUCAUAUAUUUGAUUAUUAUGUUGGAAUUGUUAUUUUGAGACCGUUUUGAGGGGUUGGCUCAGGGCUCAUUAAUUGCUAGCUGUUAUCAUUAUGUUAUUUUUCAAAGGCCAUUGCAAAUACUUCCUUCUUUAGGAAGCCUUCCUGAACGAUAUCUUAAGGACUAAUGACUGAAAGAUGCUCUUUCUCCUUUGAUCCCCAAAGUAGUAACUACACCUAUCAUGGCUUUUCUAGCUUCUUGCCUUGGGAUAGAGAUGCCUGAGACCCCAUUAUCCCUAAAUUCAAAGAAGCUGUAAAUGCCUUUAAGGCAAAAAGGACAUGGACAUCCCCCAAGGGUCUGAAGUGCAACCCAUUCUGGUGUAUUUAAUGGGUAUCUUUUUGUUUCUAUGUGUCUUUGCAAGUCUGUGUUGUUUGAUGUAAAUGCAUUUGUAAUAUUUUUAUUGAUAUUGUCGUCUAGGUCCUAUUUGGUUUGGUUAUUUACUUUUUCUGCCUAGCACUAGGUGUUUAAAUCCAUGUUGCCACGAAUACAUGGGGUCCCUUGCUUUGAGUGCUGCACAGCGUCACAUUUUAUCUAUCCGCUCUCACAAGAAAGGGCGCUUAGAUAGUCUCCAACUCCUAGCAACCAUAGCAACACAGCAACCAACAUCCUCCUACAUGUCCCUUUAUGGGCCUGCAAGAGAAUUUCAGAGAUCUAUAUCAAGGAGCUGGAUUUUAGGGUUCUCCCAUAAUUUCUCUCAUUACUGCCAGACUGUUUUCCAGAUUGACAGCCACAGGCUACUCACGCCAGCUCGACAGCUCCAUAUUCUCCACCGACAUUUGGCAUUAUUCAACUUUCUAAUUUUUGCCAGUCUUAAUGGGUGUAAGUGAUAUCUCAUUGUCAUCUUUCUGAACACUGAAAAAUCUCUUCAUAUGCUUGCAGAGCUGCUGAGGUUGUGGUUCCUUAAACGCCAGCUCACAUCCUGGGGUUUGACUUUCUGCGCCUGAGGCGGCGGGCCCAAGGCUCAUCCCUCCGCCCCGAGUCCUGAGAGGCACGAGGAGAGUGAGCCUGCUAGAUGCCUUGUGCGCAUCUAUCUCCAGGGCUGGGGAGGCUGGGCGAACUCCUGGGGAGGAGACUGGGUCAGGGGCCCCUGCGGAACUCGGCGUGGUCCCGACCCGCCGGCUUCGGGCGCGGAGCAGUGGGCAGGUUAAGGGAGCAGGAGGAGGGACCUGCAUCCUGGUCCGGGACUGGGGUGGCCGCUGCAUCUGCGUUCCUAGAAGGCGGGGCGUGGGAUCUGGCGGAGCGACCGCCCCCUCCUCUCGGCUCUCCGGGCCCAGCCCCAGCGGACGCGCACCUCGCACCCGGGCGCCAGCGCGCGCAGGGGCUGCGGAACGGCGGGAUGCAGGAGGACCUGGCGUGGGAGACCGACGGCCUGCUUCCUCUGGAGAGGCAGCUCCACGAGGCCGCCCGCCAGAACAACGUCAGCAGGAUGCAGGAGCUGAUUGGGAGGAGGGUUAACACCAGGGCCAGAAACCACGUGGGCAGGGUGGCCUUGCACUGGGCUGCAGGUGCGGGACACGAGCAGGCUGUGCGUCUGCUUCUGGAGCACCAGGCUGCUGUGGACGAGGAGGAUGCGGUAGGGGCCCUCACAGAGUUUGGGAUGAACGCGCUUCUCCUGUCUGCCUGGUUCGGCCACUUACGAAUACUCCAGAUCCUGGUAAACUCGGGGGCCAAGAUCCACUGUAAGAGCAAGAAAAACCUAAGCUGCCUUCACUAUGCAGCCCUCAGUGGCUCGGAGGAUGUGUCUCGGGUCCUCAUCCAUGCAGGAGGCUGCACCAACGUGGCUGAUCAUCAGGGUGCCUCUCCUCUGCACCUCGCUGUGAGGCACAACUUCCCUGCCUUGGUCCAGCUCCUCAUCAACUCUGACAGUGACUUGAAUGCCAUGGACAAUAGGCAGCAGACGCCCCUUCACCUGGCUGCAGAGCACGCCUGGCAGGACAUAGCAGAGAUGCUCCUCAUUGCUGGGGUUGACUUAAACCUGAGAGAUAAGCAGGGAAAAACCGCCCUGGCAGUGGCCGCCCGCAGCAACCAUGUCAGCCUGGUGGACAUGAUCAUAAAAGCUGAUCGUUUCUACAGAUGGGAGAAGGACCACCUUUCAUGCAGGGACCUCAGUGACCCCUCUGGGAAGAGCUUGUCCUUUAAGCAGGACCAUCGGCAGGAAACACAGCAGCUCCGUUCUGUGUUGUGGCGGCUGGCCUCCAGGCAUCUGCAGCCCCGUGAGUGGAAGAAGCUGGCAUAUUCCUGGGAUUUCACGGAGGCGCAUGUCUACGCCAUCGAGCAACAGUGGACAGGCACCAGGAGCUAUCAGGAGCACGGCCACCGAAUGCUGCUCAUUUGGCUGCAUGGCGUGUCCACGGCUGGUGAGAACCCCAGCAAAGCACUGUUCGAGGGCCUUGUGACCAUUGGCAGGAGGGACCUGGCUGGUAAGAGCGUACUCUGCUGGGUUUCUUCUCAGGAGCUGGGUGGCCCCCACUGGAAUGCAGCAGGGCCCUCCAAGGGCUGCUCAGACAAGAAUGCUGUGAUGCUGGCUCUGGGCCUUCCAGAUUCCUACCCCUAGCCCUGCCCCCUUUUCCCUUGGGCAAACAACAGUGCCUCCUGGCCCUGGUGUUGGCCCAAACUGAACCCUAUGACCUUCACAGCCCCGGGGCCAGUGAUGCUGUCCAGAAUCUCUUGCUUACCAGCCUUCUAUAUACCUUGAUAUUUUUUUUCCAUUUUGGAAUCAGCCACCUUCGGACUUCUUUUUCACAAACAUUAAGACAUAGGAGCCAAAACUGACUUAAUAUGAGUUGAACCAGUUAAAUCAGGUCAAAUAAACCUUCUGAGGUCAUCACAACUUAUUUGAGUAUGCCAAUUUCAAAAGCCUGAUUUGGGAUUCAGAGUGUUCUGUGGAAUCAUCAGACAAGCAAGAUAGAAGGUUCUAGUACUAACCCCUCGUUAAAAACAAAAUCAGCUCAUGAUGAAAAGCCUUAAAUGCUGUGAUACCCACUGACGUGGUACAUGAUGGGGCAACCACAGAAUGGGGCACUAGGCCGUCACUGACAGUUGUGAAGGCUCCAUUAGUUAUAAGGCAACGAAGAAAACCAAUCCUGACAUAUUUCUAGCGUAUUGCUGAGGGAAAUAUUUCUAGCAUAUUAUUGAGGGAAAAAAGGAAAGGACCCCCCCCUCCCAAGCUGCUAUAGGCCAGGUGGAAAAGCUAAGAGUCAUUUCAGGGUAGAGGGAUUAGGGACGCUACCUUUCUUUCCCCAAAAUGUUCUUAAAUAUAGUUGUUGCAUCUUCUUUUAACACAAACUCUGGCAGGCAAUUAAAACAUAAAACCAGUCCUGUGAGGCAGAGCUUAGGCAACAGAGGAAGUAAGGUUCUUGUUUUUAACAGAAAACAUCAGGAAGAAAGCAAACGCAGCCCCAAGUGCCCCCAGGAGGUGCACAGCCAUGUAACGGGGGGGCCAGACCUUCAGGCACGUGGGACCUCAGCGUGUGGAGCCACCUGAAGAGAAGAUGACCAUCAUUUAAGGGCUUUUUAAAAAAUCACUGUUAAUGGACCUCCAACUGAUUCUACUGAAAUGCAGAGUCAUGCAGAGCCCAGAAGGCAAAUGUUUGUACAAUGAUCUUUUUCAUGAGGAUGGGUCCAAGG